UUUCCGGUUUUGUGCGGGUGAUAAAGCCUGAGAGAGCGCGGGGCCAGCGUCACCGGAAACCGCGACCCCCAGAACUGAGGCCCGAACACCGCCGCCCGGCUGAGGGGGAUGCCCGGCCUGUGAGAUCAGGUCCUCCUCCGCUCAUGGCCGCCGACCAGGACAAGCUGGAAGGUCUUAUUCCCGGCCGCAGAGCCAAAGCCGGCAUGCAGAUGAAGAGCCCAGAGAAGAAACGCCGCAAGUCAAACACUCAGGGCCCGGCCUACUCUCACCUCUCGGAGUGCCCUCCGCCUACCCCCAUGGUGGAUCAUCUGGUGGCCUCUAAUCCAUUUGAAGAUGACUUUGGGGCCCCGAAGGUGAAUGCUGCCGGCUCUCCCUUCAUGAACAACCCUGUGCCGUUUGGUAACUUCCGCAUGCAGGGUGGCAUGCCGCACCAGGUCCCUCCCGGUUAUCCUGGGGGUCCGCAGCCGAUGAGAAGACAGCCCCCACCCUUCCCUCCCAACCAGAUGGGCCCUGGGUUUGGAAUGCCUCAGAAUCCCAAUUAUGUGCAACCAGGGAACAUUAACUUUUCCAACCAGCCCUUCAACCAGGGCAUGGGACAGAGCUUUAGCCCUCGCGGGCAGAUGAUGCAGGGGCCGGUUGGUGGGUUUGGCCCUAUGAUGUCACCCACCAUGGGACAGCCUCCACGUGGGGACAUGGGUCCGGGCCCCGGCCCUGUAUUAACCUCCCCCAGUGGACCUCCAUUCUCUCAGCGGUUUGGCUCUCCUGGUCAUCCCUUUGGACAGGGGGCAAUGCAGAGACCCAGCCUCCCUCCUAACAGCAGCCCCUUCGCUGGGACGGACCAGACCUUCCCACCAGGUGUGGAGGAGCACAGCAAAAACCUCAACCCUCCCAGCAGCACCUUCAGCCAGGAGCAGCACGUGGGCUCCCCGUCCGCCAUCAACGGCAAUCAGCAAAGCUUUACUCCAAACAGCGCCCCCCGGGGGAACAGCAGCACACCCGAGGUCAACAACAUCCCCCCGCCCAGCAAACCCACUGGUUCCGGCCACCAGCCGCCCCCAGGCCUGGUCUACCCCUGCGGAGCAUGUCGGAACGAGGUGAACGAUGACCAGGAUGCCAUCUUGUGUGAGGCUUCAUGUCAGAAGUGGUUCCAUCGGGAGUGUACGGGGAUGACUGAGAGCGCCUACAGUCUGCUGACCCGGGAGGCCUCUGCCGUGUGGGCCUGCGACUACUGCCUGAAAACUAAGGACAUCCAGUCUGUGUACAUACGAGAACCCAUGGGCCAGCUGGUGGCUGCCAACGAUGGCUGAGAGCACCCCCUGGACUGAGGUUAUGUGUACAGGAUAGACUGACCCCACGGGGAGGAGACGGCAUCUGUGGCCAUGUCCGGUCUCAUGUGCCCUGUGUAUAUACAGCGUCCAGGACUGUGACCCCAAAGUACUGAUCCGGGGCUGUGCGCGGCUGGCCCCACCAGUGGCUGAUAACAGGGAGCAGGAUGCUGUGGUCUUCCUUCUUAAGAUCAGCACUUGUGGGGGUUUCUUGGCAGAAGAUGUGCCCAUGUCAUUGCUUUGUGUGGCCUCCAGGGCGGCGCUCUGUAAAUAUCCCCUGUGCAUGGGCUGCUCUGUUUUCUGUCAUUCUACCUCAUUGUAAUAAGAUACUACAGAAGACACGUGUGACCUGGGCGGCUCCUCAUAUCAUAUGCACUUAAUAAAACCAUUGCCCUGG